AUGGUGUCUUCGUCAAAGGAAAAGAGACUCGCCAAGAAGGCUGCCGAGGGCAAGGAGCCCAAGAAGACGGUUGCCUCUCGCUCCAAGGCGGGGUCCAAGGCCGGCUCUAAGGUCGCUAGCGCCACCGGCUCCGUCAACGGCGAUGAGCCCGAACUCGAUGCCAAUGGAAACCCCAUCGUGAGCGACGAGCCCGCGACAGGCGCCGACAAGGCCGACGAGGUCAAGCGCCUGGCAGACCAGAUGGACAAGCAUGGUCUGUCCGACAGAGUCACCACUGGUGUCCUGGCCUCCCUCGAACAGAGCAAGGAUGUCAAGAUCACCAGCGCCAGUCUGGUGUUCCACGGUCGCGUCCUCAUCACCGACACCACCCUCGAGCUCAACUUUGGUCGCCGGUACGGCCUGUUGGGAGAGAACGGAUGCGGAAAGAGUACCAUACUCAAGGCCAUCGCCGCGCGCGAGUACCCCAUCCCGGAGCAUGUCGAUAUCUACCUUCUCAACGAGGGUGCACCGCCAACUGAGCUCGGCGCCCUCGAAUGGGUCGUGACUGAGGCCGAGAACGAGAUGAAGCGUCUCGAUGCGCUGGCCGAGAAGCUGUUGGAGGAGGAGGGCCCAGAGAGCCCCGUCCUCAUGGACCUUUACGAGCACAUGGACAAGAUGGACCCUUCCACCUUCUCAACCCGUGCAUCUCUUAUUCUUACCGGUCUCGGCUUCAACAAGCAAACUAUCAACAAGAAGACAAAGGACAUGUCCGGUGGCUGGAGGAUGCGUGUUGCUCUGGGCAAGGCUUUGUUCGUCCGACCUUCGCUCCUACUUCUCGACGACCCUACCGCACAUUUGGAUCUGGAGGCCUGUGUGUGGCUCGAGGAGUACCUCAAGAAGUGGGACAGGACACUUGUGCUCGUCUCUCACUCCAUGGAUUUCUUGAACGGUGUCUGCACCAACAUGAUCGACAUGCGCAUGAGGCAGUUGAUCUACUACGGUGGUAACUACGACUCGUACAUCAAGACGAGGUCCGAGCAGGAGACCAACCAGAUGAAGGCCUACCACAAGCAGCAGGAGGAAAUUGCUCACAUCAAGAAGUUCAUCGCCAGUGCCGGUACAUACGCCAACUUGGUCAGGCAGGCCAAGUCGAGGCAGAAGAUUCUGGACAAGAUGGAGGCCGAUGGCUUCAUCCAGCCCGUCCACCAGGACAAGGUAUUCACUUUCCGUUUCGCCGACGUCGAGAAGCUGCCCCCUCCAGUCCUGUCAUUCGACAACGUCUCUUUUGCCUACUCGGGCGAGGCCAAGGACGAUCUCUACAAGAACCUCGAUCUCGGUUUCGACAUGGACUCGAGGACAGCACUGGUGGGCCCCAACGGUGUCGGCAAGUCAACGCUGCUGCGCCUCAUGACGGGCAAGCUGUCUCCCCGUGAAGGUGCCGUCACCAGGCACACCCACUUGAAGAUGGGUCUCUACUCGCAGCACUCGGCUGAGCAGCUCGACCUGACCAAGUCUGCACUCGACUUUGUGCGUGACAAAUACUCCUCCAAGUCUCAGGACUACCAGUACUGGCGUCAGCAGCUCGGCCGCUACGGUCUUACUGGUGAGGCUCAGACUUCCCUUAUUGGCACCUUGUCGGACGGUCAGAAGAGCAGAAUCGUGUUUGCGCUGCUGGCCAUCGAGAGCCCCAACAUGUUGCUUUUGGACGAGCCCACAAACGGUCUGGAUAUCCCAACGAUCGACAGUUUGGCAGAUGCCAUCAACGCCUUUAGCGGUGGUGUUGUUGUCGUCAGUCACGAUUUCAGGUUGCUUGACAAGAUUGCGAAGCAGAUUCUGGUGUGCGAGAACAAGACCAUCAAGCCUUGGGACGGCACGAUAGGCGAGUACAAGAACUACCUUCGCAAGAAGAUGUUGGCGGCCGGUGCUGUGUAA